ACUUAAGAACUCCCAAGUGAGAAGGACAGACACACUGUCUGAGAAGCUCCAGGUUUCUGACACACUGGAUGGAAAAUGUCUUCCACGGUCAAACCUGUCACGUCUUUCCUCAUCGAGGACAUUCUGUCCAAUAAAGGCAGCACAGGAUUUAGUGGUAAAUUCAGCUCUCUGAAGACAGACAGAUGCUCUCAGCGGAAGGAGGAUUUGGAACAAGUUCCUCCUCAGGAGUAUGAAAAACAGACAGAGUCUGUAGACCCAUCCUGUUGCGGCUCCCCACAGCUGAAUUUAAACUCCACGGGGAAACAGAAGCGCUCCCGAGCUGCGUUCACCCACCUCCAAGUGCUGGAGCUGGAGAAGAAAUUUAACCACCAAAAAUACUUGUCUGCCCCGGAGAGGGCUCACCUGGCCACCUCCUUAAGACUAACCGAGACGCAGGUGAAAAUCUGGUUCCAGAACAGAAGAUACAAAACCAAAAGAAAGCAGCAAACAUCCGAGAUGUGCAAGGAUGCAUACAAAGCAGACAGUUUGGGACUAAGAGAGGACUUGGUCAGAUCAUCACUGAUUACCUCCUUCUAUAAAGCUUAUCAAUACAAACCUUACCUUUGGGACUGCAGUGGCCCCUGGGCUCCGGCGUUAUGGUGAAAAUGCCUCAUGAUUUAUUGUAUUAAACAAGUUGCUGGAAUUUUCUGUUUGACAAGGACUUCAUAUUUCUUCUCAGCUUUUGUGAAUUGACCAUAAAAAUUCCUGAAAUUGUAAACUCCUUGGACCUGACGUGGAUUUACAAAUCAGAGAACCCCAUGACUUAAUUAAGCUUCGUCUUAACAGUGCCCCCCCC